CGCCCUAUAGCGAAACUUAAAAAACUAGGGCCUGUAGUAAAUGGUAAUUAUUACAAGGUAAAUAUAAGGCGAUAACCAAAUCCCACUUCCUGCCUGCCUGCCUUCCACUCAUUUUUGAAAGUUGCUCGCUCUCCCAUUCCUUUAUCCUUCUCUCUCGCUCCGCCUACUGCCGUAAAUGGCCUACCAGAGCUGUCGUGAAAUGCUCCUCCCCGCCCUCCAUGUGGCGAAAACGCAAUCACGCUUGACGGCGCGAGGUGGCUUAGCCGCAAGAUGGCGGCGCUGGCGGAGGAGCAGACGGAGGUGGCGGUCAAGCUAGAGUCUGAGGGACCGCCGACGCUGCUACCUCCUCAGGCGGGGGAGGGCGCAGGCGAGGGUUCUACGGCAGAGCAACCUCCGCGAGGCUGAAGAGGCGCUGCGCCGUGAGGCCCGGCUGCUGGAGGAGGCAGUGGCGGGCUCCGGAGCCCCGGGAGAAGUGGAUAGCUCCGGCGCUGAGACCGCCAGCACGCUUCUCAGCCGGGUCACCGCCUCGGUCCCCGGCCCUGUCGCCCCCGACCCUCCGGGCACUGGUGCUUCGGGGGCUACGGCCGUCCCGGGCUCAGUGUCAGGUGCUGCGGCUCCGGGCAAAGUUGGAAGUGUAGCUGUGGAAGACCAGCCGGAUGUCAGUGCCGUGUUGUCGGCCUACAACCAGCAAGGAGAUCCCACAAUGUAUGAAGAAUACUAUAGUGGACUAAAACACUUUAUUGAAUGUUCCCUGGACUGCCAUCGGGCAGAGUUAUCCCAACUGUUUUAUCCUCUGUUUGUACACAUGUACUUGGAGUUAGUCUACAAUCAACAUGAGAAUGAAGCAAAAUCAUUCUUUGAGAAGUUCCAUGGAGAUCAGGAAUGUUAUUACCAGGAUGACCUACGAGUAUUAUCUAGUCUUACCAAAAAGGAACACAUGAAAGGGAAUGAGACCAUGUUGGAUUUUCGAACAAGUAAAUUUGUUCUGCGUAUUUCCCGUGACUCCUACCAACUCUUGAAGAGGCAUCUUCAGGAGAAACAGAACAAUCAGAUUUGGAACAUAGUUCAGGAGCACCUCUACAUUGACAUCUUUGAUGGGAUGCCGCGUAGUAAGCAACAGAUAGAUGCGAUGGUGGGAAGUUUGGCAGGAGAGGCUAAACGAGAGGCAAACAAAUCAAAGGUAUUUUUUGGUUUAUUAAAAGAACCAGAAAUUGAGGUACCUUUGGAUGAUGAAGAUGAAGAAGGAGAAAAUGAAGAAGGAAAACCUAAAAAGAAGAAGCCCAAAAAAGAUAGUAUUGGAUCUAAAAGCAAAAAACAAGAUCCCAAUGCUCCACCUCAGAACAGGAUCCCACUUCCUGAGUUGAAAGAUUCAGAUAAGUUGGAUAAGAUAAUGAAUAUGAAAGAAACCACCAAACGAGUACGCCUUGGGCCAGACUGUUUACCUUCCAUUUGUUUUUAUACAUUCCUCAAUGCUUACCAGGGCCUUACUGCAGUGGAUGUCACUGAUGAUUCUAGCCUGAUUGCUGGAGGUUUUGCAGAUUCAACUGUCAGAGUGUGGUCUGUGACACCUAAAAAGCUUCGUAGUGUCAAACAAGCAUCAGAUCUCAGCCUCAUAGACAAAGAAUCAGAUGAUGUCUUAGAAAGAAUCAUGGAUGAGAAAACAGCAAGUGAGUUGAAGAUUUUGUAUGGCCACAGUGGGCCUGUCUAUGGAGCCAGCUUCAGUCCAGAUAGGAACUAUCUGCUUUCGUCUUCAGAGGAUGGAACUGUGAGACUAUGGAGCCUUCAAACGUUUACUUGCUUGGUGGGAUAUAAAGGCCACAACUACCCAGUAUGGGAUACGCAGUUUUCUCCAUAUGGUUAUUAUUUUGUGUCAGGGGGCCAUGAUCGAGUAGCUCGGCUCUGGGCUACAGACCACUAUCAGCCUUUAAGGAUAUUUGCUGGCCAUCUUGCUGAUGUGAAUUGUACUAGAUUCCAUCCAAAUUCUAAUUACGUUGCUACGGGCUCUGCAGACAGAACUGUGCGGCUCUGGGAUGUCCUGAAUGGUAAUUGUGUAAGGAUCUUCACUGGACACAAGGGACCAAUUCAUUCCUUGACAUUUUCUCCCAAUGGGAGAUUCCUGGCUACAGGAGCAACAGAUGGAAGAGUACUCCUUUGGGAUAUUGGACAUGGUUUGAUGGUUGGAGAAUUAAAAGGCCAUACUGAUACAGUCUGUUCACUUAGAUUUAGUAGAGAUGGUGAAAUUUUGGCAUCAGGUUCAAUGGAUAAUACAGUCCGGUUAUGGGACGCUAUUAAAGCAUUUGAAGAUUUAGAGACUGAUGACUUUACUACAGCCACUGGGCAUAUAAAUUUACCUGAGAAUUCACAAGAGUUAUUGUUGGGAACAUAUAUGACCAAAUCAACACCAGUUGUACACCUCCAUUUUACUCGAAGAAACCUGGUUCUAGCUGCAGGCGCUUACAGUCCGCAAUAAACCAUCGGUAUUAAAGACUUUUAGAAACUACUGUUUGAAAAAAAAGGGAGACUAAGAGCAAAUACCUCAGUGAUUAAUAUUUAAGCUACAAAGAAUGUUUUUAUCUAUAUGGAUCUGGAAGUAUGCUGCUUGGAAAAUCUAAACAGGACAGAUUCACAUUUCUAUAGCAACCACAUUUAACUAAUUUCCGUUAGUUGAAUAAGAGGUAUUAUGUUUGUGGAGAGGACAUUUAUGGUGCUUUGGAUUGUGUGGAAACUAUGCAUUUUCUGUUCAAAUGCUACUUUAAUUUAUUAUGUUUAGAAAAACAUCAAUUUCAAUAAUUCAUCCUCCUUCAAGAUUCAAAUUAAGAAAUAAUACCAUCUUGAAUUUUAGCUGAAGAAUUCUAUGAGCAUGUAUGCUUCCGCUGUAAAGAAUGUAGUUGCUAUAUUGCACUCAAUACCGUUAAAUGAUCCACUAACAUUUUUUUCUUGGCCCAUGA